AUGCGCGAGUGGGAGCGAAUACGGCGGCGCCUGCUCGAACCGUCGGCCCGAGAAUCUCGUGCGACCGCCGCCCAGCUCGACGAGGAGAAAUGGUCCGCGUGGGAGGAGCGGGCGAGGGCCUUCCCGGACCCGAGCGUCAUCCCGAACGACGACAUACAAGCGGCGGCCGCCCGCGACUUCACCAUGUCGGAACUUGAACAAGUCAUCCUCAACGACACCUCCACCGGGACGGCGCCGAGUCCCGGCGACGGCGUCUCGUACGAAGCGGUCCGGGCGGGCGGUAUGGCGCUCUGGACCGUGAUCCUCUUCCUGUACAACGCCCUACUCGCUGGGUGUACUGCACCGGAGGUGUGGCUCGAGGUCUACAUCCGAUGGUUAUACAAGAAGGGCGACCCGACGGUCUGGACGAAUUACAGAGGAGUUGCGCUCGCGAGUGUCCUACUGAAGAUAUACGAGCGUCUACUGAAAAAUCGGUGGAGUCGCAUCUACGUGCCAUUACUCCGCCCCGUGUCGUGGCUCCAGGACGAGGGAGCCCCCGGCGUCGACUGCCGGCAUCAGUUGUGGCUCGUCCAGGACCUUUUAGCGUACAGACUGUACGAAUUGGGCUGUUUUACGUGGGUGAUGACGAUUGACCUAGAGCGCGCCUUCCCGAGCACGAUGCGCGAGUACGUCGCCCUAGCGCUCUGGCACGCCGGGUGCCGCGGCGCCUUCCUACUCGCCCUUUGGAAUAUUUUGUGCAAGGCGGGCGUGCGCUUGUCCACGAGCGACGGACGCUGGAGCGACCUGGUGGAUUUCGAGCAGGGCCUAUUGGAAGGACGCGUCUUUAGCGGCGACGCGUUCGCGGUCGUGCUCGACGAUCUGCGGCGCGUCCUCGAAGAGUCCGGGCUCGGCGUGCGGCUCGGAAGAGCGACGGGGCCCCAAGUUUAUUGUGGGGUAGUCCUGAAAACCGACGACGUCUUCCUGAUGGCGGACUCGGCGAACGACCUGCGGUUGGCAUACGGCAUCGUGAAGGCGUGGGCCCACGAGUUCCGAUUCAACCUCUCGCUGGGCAAGCACGAGGUUAUGAGAGUCGGGAUGCCGUCCGUCGCCGGACGCGUCGUGUUCUGGUCUUGGCCUCGGGGCGAGCUCGCGCCCUACGUUAGAACGCGCCAGCACUACGCGUCGUACGACCUCGUGCCGGAGGCGUACACGCUCAAGGAAGCGGUCGUUUACUUGGGUUGCUGGAUCUCGGAGUCGCUGUCGGCCGACUACUCUGCGCAGAAGCGACUCUGGGAGGCGUGGGAGAUCUACAAGGCGGCGAAGGACUCCGUGCAGUCCGUGUCCGAACUACGACGCGCCGACGUGCUCUCCGUCAUGAACGCGUUCUUUCGCGGAAAGCAGGAGUACCCGGGCGGGCCCACCACGCCCCUGUCCGGCGAGAUCGGCUUCUUCGCGUCGAAGCCCGACAAGAUGAACCACGGAGGCCUCUCGGGCGAGGUCGAGAACGCGUACCUGGCGACCCUCCGCGUCACGCUCGGCGGCGUCGCGACGCACAUGCCGAACGCCGCCUUACUCGAGAUCACCGGCUCGAGGUCGCCGGCGUGGCGCCGCCGCGCGAGUAGGGCGAUCUUCAAGCGCGCGUUGGAAGCCGUCGCCGUUGGCGAGAGGGCCGUGGUACUCGAUGUUCUACGGUCGGCGAGGUCCGACGCCUUCACCGCACGAUCCAUCACGCACGCACUCGACGACGCGACGACUGAUCUAGGCCUGGGUCGGCGGCCGCAGACGCUCGCAUACAAGCCGCAGGAGUGGCGGACACGCGUCAAGACCGCCGCGCGGUUCCUCGAACGGAAGUGGCGCCACGCCAUCCUAAGGACGGAGUCGUCGUCGCGGCGCCUGGCGGCCGCUGUCUCGUGGGACCGCGGCCCGCCGGCCCUCUCCGCGCCCUGGCGGCGCGUCUUCUUCGCCGAUUCGUCCUGCAAGGGCAACACCGCCUUCCUCAUGUCGACCCUGUGCGAGCAGUACCGCCUCGUGCCGCACGUGCGGUCGAAGUUCGGGGGACCGGCCGAGGGAUACUGUGACAUUUGCCGGACCAACGUCGCGAGCGGGAGGGCCGACAUUGCGCACCUCAUCUUCGAGUGUCGAUCGGUCGACUUCGUCGCGACGCGCGCCCGAUGGCGCGCCGAGUACGAGGGCGAGAUCGCGGCCGCGGGCGCCAUCUUCCCGUCCGACGCGGACCCGCUCAUGGUGUCGGUCGGACUCGUGCGCCCGAAGGCCCUGCGCAACGGCGUCCGGUUUGCGACGCUCUCAUUGAGGCUCGCCAUCGCGUUCGUGCGGCAUUGGGGCCGGUUCGAGCAUCGAAUCCGCGACGAGGUCCGGAGCUUGCCCCCCUGCAAGUACUAG